GUCAGAGACAAACUCUGACGUCAGCCAACUUCAGUUCACACUUCACACCGCAUCGCAUCAUAAACAAACUGGCGAGGUUGUCUCUGGAUAAACAGACUGAACAGUACUUCAGUAAUUGAGAAUUUGUGUUUUGAUCUUUAUUGGGAAUUAAUUGUGCAUUGUAUAAUGACUGAUAAAAGGAAACGUGGACAGAAUUUCACAUUAGAUGAGAAAAAACAUCUCGUGAAGUUACUAAUGGGACACACUAAAACCAUUUUAAAUAAAAAAACGGAUGGCAGCACCAAUGAGGCCAAAACUUCCGCAUGGAACGACAUAGUUGCGUUGUUCAAUGCUUCAAAUUCCAAUUACAGGAGUAAAGAGUCUCUGAUGAAAUUGUGGGAGAAGAUGAAGUCAGAGGCUAAAAUUUAUUAUAAUAGAUCAAAGCAGGACACAUUACAAAUAGAAGGUGAAUCAUCAGUCAUGAAAGUAGAUCGGUUAUUGGAACAGGUCUGCUUUCUUUUGGGAGGAGGCUACUCAAGUGUUGCAGAUGUAAAAGACUGUGAUCCAAGUUUUUUCAUUUUGGAGGAAAAUCAACAAGUUAUUUAUCCUGAAGAUGUUGAAAUUACUGUUGACAGGAUAGAUGCUGAAUCAAUCAGUAACAAUGAAGUUGCUGAUGAAACACUUGGUACUCAGUCUCAGACAAAUAUCAAACCAAUACAAAGCACUACAAUUAGAACGCCCAUUUGGUCUCGAAGAAGACCAAUGUCUUCCAGAAGUAAUGAGAGGUCAACAGAAAUAAACCAACUUGGUUCCACAUACUCAAAUGUGAGCGAAAAAGAAAAAAAUUCUGAGGAUAUGAAAUGCCAAUUGUACCAAUUGGAAUUAGAAAAGAAAAAAACAUUGUAUGACUUACAAAUUGAAUCUGCAUCCAAGGAUUUACAGUUGAAAGAUAAGGAUUUAAUAAUUAAGGAUUUAGACAUAAGAAUUAAAAAAGCACUUCUUGCCCAAAUUGAAGGCCAAUAUCAAAGCAAUACCGAGUACUACAAUUGUUAGAACAUUUGGAAACAAAGAAGACAAAUGUCCUCUAGAAGUAUUGAGAGGUAAACAGAAAUAAACCAAAUUUGUCCUACAUAUUCAAGUGUGAGCCAAAAAAAAAUCUGAGGAUAUGAUAUACCAAUGGAUCCAAUUGGAGAUAGAGAGGAAAAAACAUCGUAGGACCUACAAAUUGAUUCUAUGUCUUAAGGAGGUGUAAUCAAAAAAGCAGCAUUUAAUAAGUUACAAUUCAGAUAUAAAAAUCAAAACACACUUACCUGAAUUGAAGGUAAAUAUUUUGGAUUUAUAUAAAAACAAUCGAACAUAUGCAUAUAUAAAAAAUUUACUUUUCAAUGAAGCAUCAAGAAAAUAGAAUUUGCUUAAGUUCUGGCUAUACAUAUUUCAGGAAAUGAUACAUACAUACAUUUACAUAUUUUCAGGAAAAGAAAGUUACAUGGCACACAACAGAGUUGAGGGAACUUCAAAAUACCCUUGACGCUGUUGAAGACAUUGCAAGAUUAACAAACCACACAAAUGCGUACAUCAUGAACUGAAAGAAAGCUCAAGAAAGAAUAUAAAAAAAAGAUGAUUCAAAAGCACGCAAAUCAUCAAUGCAUACAGCAACCAAAUAAUGCCCAAAAAGCACUAUUUAGUCCAUAGUGCUUUUUGGGCAUUAUUAUAUUAAUUACAGGAAUGACAGCAAAUAGAAAACAACACUGCUUGAACACAAAAGCACCAGUUUUGGCAGAAGGAAUAAAUAAAUUGGCGUUAACAUUCAAAAGAAUAUAAAUAAGAACCACAAAAAUUCAACACAAAAAUAAAAAAAUAGAAAUAUGUACUUUCUUUCUCUCUGAAAUAACUGCAAAAGAGAUGUUGGAAGCGACCAACCGAAUUUAAGCUAAACGAACAACAUACAUCUAUGGUUCACAAGAAAGUACACCAUUGUAGAACCAUUGCCUAGGCUCAUUUUGUUGAAGGAACAUUUCCAACAAUACAAUAUACAAAAGAGGGAGCAUGAUGAUAGAAGUAUUUUGAACCACAGCCCAAAUAUAACUGAUGUGGAAAAAAGAACCAAAAAUUCACUAGUACAAGCAAAAUUUUUAUUCAUUCAAACUACAGAUGAACAAUGAAAAAACCCGAACAAUCACUUUCACAGCAAAAACUACAGCCAA